GGUCUUUCCGCGCGCGGCUCCGUGAGGGUCACGCAGUCAGUCUGAUCUCUGCUGUUAUUAUUAUUAUUAUUAUUAUUAUUAAUAGUAUUAUUAUUAUUAUAGUGUCUCGUCAUGAUGGGCGUCAGCAGCAGCAGCAGCAGGAUCGCAGCUGGUUUGGGAGCGGCGCUGUUCGUCGGUUACUGCAUUUACUUCGACAGAAAGAGACGGAGUGACCCCAACUACAAGAACAAACUACGAGAACGAAGAAAGAAGCAGAAGGCGGUUCAGGAGAAAGCUGGAUUAUCAAAGUUUCCAGACCUGAAAGAUGCCGAAGCCGUUCAGAAGUUCUUCCUGGAGGAGAUUCAGCUCGGAGAAGAGCUGCUGGCGCAGGGUGACUAUGAGAAGGGCGUGGAUCAUCUGACCAAUGCGAUCGCUGUGUGUGGUCAGCCGCAGCAGCUCCUGCAGGUCCUGCAGCAAACACUUCCUCCUCCAGUCUUCCAGAUGCUCCUCACCAAACUGCCCAGCAUCAGCCAGCGUAUCGUGAGCUCUCAGAGCGUCAGUGAUGACGACAUCGAGUAGUAGCAGCUCUGUGACAUCACUUCCUGUCUGCCUCGAGUCAGCUUCCAUCCGGUUCUCAAACGCUGAACGCACUGAUUGGGAUUAAAGUAGCGUUUGGGAUCAGACGUCACUGAGUUUAUCCUGCUGAAGCUGACAUGAGUCUAGUGUGUUUAAACCACAGAAAACUAACCGAACAAAGCAUUUCGGGUUCCCAAAAUCAUGAAACAUGCGAUCAGUAAUGAAACAUCACCGCAGAGGCUCAUCUUUACAGUCUGUCAUCGACUGAUGUUCAAGAAGGACGUGUGUUCAUGUAUUUAACUCGUUUUUAAAGACUGUGAUACGAAGCAUGUUUAAAAUGUGUUUUUUAACUCCAAAAUAAAAUAAAAUAAAAUGUAUUGAA